AUGAAUGUGAUAGGGUGUUGGUUUGGAGCUAUGCCAAGUUGCCAUGGUGAUGGUGGGUUAGCUGGGCAGUACAAGUUUGGUGGUAGGAGUGGUGGGUGUGUGGUACUUCUUGGCACAGCUAAAUUGAUGUUGGGUUUGGUAUUAGGGACUUCUUUGGGGAAGAGUUUGGACCAAUUUCCUGUUGGGAUACCUGGAGUUUUUCUCUUGUUUGCGGGGAUUGAGCUAGCUAUGGCUUCAAGGGACAUGAAUUCCAAGGAGGAAUCUUUUGUGAUGCUUAUUUGCACAGCGGUUUCACUUGUGGGUUCAAGUGCAGCGCAGGGUUUUCUGUCUGGGAUGAUUGUGCAUGUGCUUCUUAGGCUAAGAAAUUUGAGUAAGAUCAACCCUGUUGUUCCAUAG